CACACUCCGCAGAGCUUACACAUGUAAUAAGUUACCUAUCAAACCCAGCGACCACAGGACAGGAGUUCACCCGUCAUCCUCCACUAUGGCGAGCCAGGACCCUGUCAGUCCUUCACAUGCUACGUUCGACCUCUUCGUCCAUGCCCAGAGCUGUAAGGAUGUGAAGCACCACUUUGCUGAGCUCUGCAUGCAACUAGACAUCAACCCUAAAGAUUUCAGAACCUUUUACAUCAAGUUAAAGGAGAGACUGAACUACUGGAAGGCCAAAGCGCUGUGGACAAAGCUGGACAAAAGAGCGUCUCACGCAGAUUACCAGCAAGGAAAAGCCUGCACGAAAAACAAGUGUCUUGUGUUGGGUGCUGGACCAUGUGGGCUGAGAACGGCCAUCGAGCUGUCCCUGCUGGGAGCUCAGGUGGUGGUAUUGGAGAAGAGAGAGGCUUUUACCAGGAACAACGUCCUCCACCUGUGGCCCUACACCAUCUGCGACCUCCGUGGGCUCGGAGCCAAGAAGUUCUAUGGCAAAUUCUGUACAGGCUCUCUGGAUCACAUCAGCAUUCGUCAGCUGCAGUUGGUUUUAUUGAAAGUGUCUCUUCUCCUCGGGGUAGAGGUUCACACUGGAGUGGAGUUCCAGGGCCUGAUCGAGCCCUCAGGAGACAACGGUUGGAUGGCCAAGCUGCAGCCCGGGUCUCAUCCCGCUGCAACCUUCCAGUUUGAUGUCUUCAUCUCUGCUGGAGGAGGCAGGUUUGUCCCUGAUGGUUUUAAGCACAAGGAGCUGAGAGGCAAGCUUGCCAUUGGCAUCACAGCCAACUUCAUCAACAGAAACACGGCUGCCGAGGCCCAAGUAGCAGAGAUCAGCGGUGUCGCACGCAUCUACAACCAGAAGUUCUUCCAAGAUCUGCUCACUGAGACCGGUAUUGAUUUGGAGAACAUUGUCUACUAUAAGGACGCCACCCACUACUUUGUCAUGACUGCCAAGAAGAAGAGCUUGCUGAAGAAGGGGGUCAUUAAACAGGACUACAGUGAUGCAGAGAAGCUACUGGCUCCAGCAAAUGUAGACCAUGAGGCUUUGUACAGCUUCGCCCAUGAUGCUGCCUACUUCUCCACAGGCGGAAAACUGCCUGACCUCCGGUUUGUUGAGAACCAACCUGGCCGGCCAGACGUGGCCAUGUUCGACUUCACCUGCAUGCACCGUGCUGAGAACGCCUCGCUUGUCAGGGAGAGGAGGGGGAAGAAAUUGUUGAUGGGUCUUGUUGGAGAUUGCCUGGUGGAGCCGUUCUGGCCUCUGGGAACAGGCAUAGCCCGCGGGUUUCUAGCUGCUUUUGACACAGCGUGGAUGGUUAGAAGCUGGGGCAUGGGGGUCCCACAUCUCAAGGUCGUGGCUGAGAGAGAAAGUGUUUACCAGCUCCUGUCUCAGACCACACCAGAAAACACCAGCAAAAACUACGCUGGUUACAGCAUCGACCCCAAAACACGGUAUCAGAGGGUCAACCUCUCAUCCAUCCAUAGCAACCAGGUGCAGCACCUGUAUGAUGUCGAUAAAUCCCGCCCAUCGAGCAAGAAACAGAGGGACAAGUGGUCUCACAUGCGUCAAGAUUCGAUUGGUGGGUUUGAAGAACUGUUGAAAUGGUGCCAGAACCACACCGCAGAUUAUGCGAAUGUGAAUGUAAAAGAUUUCACCCAGUCCUGGAGGUCCGGGCUGGCUCUGUGCGCCCUGAUCCACCACUUCAGGCCUAAGCUCAUUGACAUGUCCUCUCUGGAUGAGUCCAGCGCUGUUCACAACAACCAACUGGCCUUCAGCAUCUUGGAGAAGGAGCUGGGCAUCCCACCCGUCAUGUCUGCCAGUGACUUGGCCAACAGUGGUCAGAUAGACAAGUUGUCCAUGGUUUCUUACCUCACCCAGGUCCAGAAAGCCUUCACUGUGCCGGCAAAAGACCCUGCAGGCUUCCUGCCGUCGUCCAAGCCUCUGACUCUCUCCCAGACACAGUCAGCUGUCUUCUUCCUGAACAAGCUGAAGCACAACUCUCUGCAAAGGCGCAAGGAAAAGUUGGCAGCAGAGAAACAAUCAAGAGUAAGAGAGACGAGGAUGGGAGAUGAGGACAGUACGCCGCCGCCUUCUGUGUCCCCUGAGGUCAGUCUUAUACCUGAUUCGGCUCAAGAGCCUGAGCCUGAGCCUGAACCUGGUGCUGGUGGGUCAAUGACAAACAGUGAGGAGUGCUACUUUUGCGGUCAGAGGGUCUACGUGUUGGAGCGCAUCAGUGCUGAGGGCAAGUUCUUCCAUCGGAGCUGCUUCACCUGCCACCAGUGCGGCAUCACGCUCAGACUGGUGGGAUACACCUUUGACCAGACCACAGGGAGAUUUUACUGUGAGCUGCACUCUGAAGAGCUGGAGCUGGGAAACGGGGCUGAGACAUCUUGUAAGGAUAGCAAAGAAAUUCACAAAGAAGAGAAUGGGGUUUCCAGCGAUGAUUAUACACUGUCUCCAUCGGACGAGGAGUAUGAGCACACUUUGGACUGUGUUCCCUCUUCGCACACAAUGUCACACAACCCUGAUGGACAGGACCAGCGCAUACUUGAAUCCACAGAAGAGUCCCAAGAACCAGAAACUUCCUCAGAUCCUCCAUCUAAGACAGAUGUAGCAGCUCCCGCUGAGGGGGAGAUACAGGAGCUUCCAUCCAUAAUUCCCUACCCUGUCCCCAAGCCACGCCUCUCUCGGCAGACUACACCCAGCCCUCAGCCCUCCCCUCCAAUAGCAAAACCUCGCAUGGUCCACCUUUUUAACCCCUCAACUCUAGAAGAUCACUCAUCUCCGACCGCUCCGAACGAGAUCUCUAAAGUGGCUCCAGACUCCCGUCCUAAGCAGUCGCUGCGGAAACUCCAGCUGACUGACGAGGAGAAAAGCCAGCUGGUGAAUCUUCAGAGUUUCAGCGCCGACUCGGACUCUGAGACUCCCGGUGGGUCCUCAUCCUGCUCGUCUUCCUCAGCCACAGCAGGAGGUCCGAGCCCUCCCAAACCAGAGGGCCUGGAUGGGCAAGAAGAGGAGGGCUACUGGAGCGGCAGCACUGCUAGUCACAUCAGGGAGAAGAGGAAUCGACGCUGUUUCAGGAGGAAAGAAAUGCCAAGCGGACAGACCAGAGUACGAUCCAAGUUUUCCCCCUGGAAUCUCUCUUCCCCGAGGAUCAGCAGAGACACCCGGCUCAGUGUCCUCAUUAAUCAUCCAGGGAGAGUGGAAACAACAUUCAGACAUGUUCACAGCACCUCCGAAGAGGGAGCUGAUGGAGACGACGAUGAUGACGACGACGACGACGAUGAUGAUGAGAUGUUUGAACGAGAUGAUAUUGACUUAUAUGAUGAGAAAUUUCAGACUGUGCCAUCAGACCCUGUGGAGGCUGAGAAGCUGGAGCUGAUGAAGAUGAGGACGCUGGAACGACGAGCCAAGAUGAGCGAACUACAGCGAUUGCGCAAAGCACAGUCCAUCCAGAGGAGACUGGAGGAGAUCGAGGUGACCUUCAAGGAGCUGGAAGUGAAAGGUGUAGUUCUGGAGCAAAGUCUGCGAGGAGAAGAUGACAGUAGCGGUUCUCCUGACAUGAUCGAGCAUUGGAUCCAACUCGUGCACGAGAAGAACGCACUGGUCUCUGAGGAGUCUGACCUCAUGGUGGCGUCUCGACAGCUGGAACUGGAAGACAAGCAGAGCAUGUUGGAGUUGGAGCUCAGGAAAUACAUGGAGCUGAAUGACAAGACAGCAGAGCAGCAGGCAGAAGAGGAUCGAGUCCUCCACCAGAUGAUCGAGGUGGUGGACAUGAGGGACUCUCUGGUGUCGUUUCUGGAGGAGAAGAGGCUGAAGGAGAUCAGCGAGGAGCAAGAGGCCUUCUCCAUUAAGGAGGCCAAACGGCACUCGAAGGCAGGAGCUCAGGUUCACUGGGCAUAAAGCUUACACACACACACACACACACACACACACACACACACACACACACACACACACACACACACACACACGCUCAGCAUGAACCUGUAUGUACUGCACAGUAGAUGCUCGCACAUCUACUGUGUGUGAGAUUUGCUGCUUUCAGACUUGGAACCUGAAACUUUUGCAAAGCCAAAGAUGAUACGGCAUCGUUGUGGAAGGUGACCCACCACGAGCGGUCCCUCAGCGAUUAGGAUUAAGAGUUCAGGCUUACGGGCUGGAGGCUGAAUGAAUAUCACUUGCAAAACCAGCCCCUAGAGGGAGACAUAAACCUUGAGAUCUGAGGCUUUGAGUUGAUGUGUCCAACAACUCUCUGACUAAGCCCUGCCUGCUGUGAAAGUGGAGUCACAGCAACAAACCCCACACGAAAAAAGGAUCUCUAGUGUCUGUUGCACUAUUGAACAACCACCACACAGCGGGUAAUCGUUACCCACUCUUGGACUUGGCCUGGUUUGGUCAUGACAUGUGACUUGAGUGCAAAGCAGCAUUAAAUUACAGCAGUGGGAAAAGUGCAGUCGCUGGCUUUGGAGCCUUACAGAUAGAUCUAGGUUUGAUGUUCAUGAUUUUACUUGUCAUCAUGAAUAGGUACUAUUGUACACAAAGACAUAAUAUUACAUAUCAUAAUUCUAUGUUUGGUAUUUGUAUACUGAAUAGAAAUAUGAUGAAGGUUAAAAAAAAAUAAGAGGUAGUUAAAAUAUUAGUAUUAUUAUAUACAGUAAAAUUCAAGUAUUCAUUACUUUUGUUUCUUAUCCAGUUUUCCGUUUUGAAUGUCAAUGAAUUUUGUAGCACUUCCUGCUGUUCACCACGUCCUCUCCUGACAGCACGUUGGAUAGUUAAUCUCAGGGGUUGCUAGUUCAGUCCUCUAGGAUCAGAGUUAGGGUUUUCACCGAUGGCCUUCAACAGUCGGCUGCUUUUUAAGUGCUGGUGUAAUAUAUGAACAUGUGGGAUUCUGGGGGUGAAUGGAAAAAGAGACCUAACUAGGUUCAUCUAUUUAUAAACUGCUAUCAUUUAUCAUUCGCCGGUGUUCCUAUUCAUGUGCUGGCAGAUUAGCCAAAAUCAAGAGAAAGACCAGUAUGUUGUUAGAGAAAAGGAGCCUUAUAUAUUCAUUGUUCUGCUGCCAUUUUGUGCCACCUGGGCAGAACUUCACAGUAUAUCAAAUAAAGAUCAUGCACUUUGGUGUUUUAGUUUUGAUGUUUCUGAUAAUACAAUGAACUCCUCAGAGGUGCCUGUUAUUGCUAAGUGUUUUGCAUGUUUAGUGAGUGGCUGGGUAGCCAUAAACUUGGUCAUGCAGUACAGUAGACUAUAGUUGUAUAAAGGGUUUGACUGCCCCUGCUGUUCUAACUUCCAAGUAAGUGUGUGUGUGAGUGAGUGAGACAGGCAAAUUGUAAAGUACUUUGGAUGACAGCACUAUAUGAAUUCAUUAAUAUUGGAUCAUUAUUAUUAUUGAUGUAUUAAUGCAGUUGUUUUCAAAGUCUGAGACUGUGGACCUCCCCUCAGACAAACCUCACCCCACGGUAGUUUACGUGCUUUGUUUUGCUCAAUUCCUGGAUGCCUGUGGGAUCAUGAUUGUUAUUUGAUCCCACAGACACCCAACAAUUGAGCCAAGGUGGCCAAAUACUGCUGUUUGACAUAACUUGAGAGAAAACCAAAUACAUAAAAAAAGGGCUGUCCUAAGGUUUUUAUUAGUUUCUGACUCUGGGAAAGUGGGAAAAACUGUAAAUUCCCCAAAGCCUCUGUAUCUCUGAACUAUCUCUUUAACCAAAUCACACACAUUUAGUCUAAUUUACUUGAUCUCUUUUUUUUCAUUACUAACAUACUAACUUGUAAUAUUUUUUCCCUUCCAUUCACUGAGCCUCCCCUGUGAGGCCCACCUCCCACUUUGAUAACCUCUGUAUUAAUGUAUAAGCAGAAUUUUUAAUAUUGUAGAUGGUCGAGAUGGAGCUAAUGUACACAACUUUACGUACUAGAGGGUUUGUUCUAUAAAAACACAUCUUAUAUCUUAUUUAAUUAGAUUAUAUGUUUUAUAUUUAAAAUCUUAAUCUGCAUUAAAAACUACAAUAGUUCCCUCUGACAUGUGUAUACAAAAUAGAAAAAAGCAAAAAAUAGAAAUACUCAAGUAAAGUACAAGUACCUCUAAACUAUACUAGUAAAGUAAAACUAAAGUAUAUUCGUUAAGUAAAUGCACUUGCAUCUUAAA